AUGAAGAAGGUUGUUGUUGGAACCGCUUUGGUUUGUGCUGCUGCUGUUUGUACGGCGGCGGUAUUGGUAGUGCGUCAUCGGAUGAAGAACUGUGGGAAGUGGAGUAAAGCGAUGGGUAUAUUGAAGGAGUUUGAGGAUAAGUGUAGAACUUCGACGGAGAAGAUGAAACAAUUGGCGGAAGCUAUGGCUGUUGAGAUGCAUGCUGGUCUUGCAUCUGAAGGUGGAAGUAAGCUUAAGAUGCUCAUUAGUUAUGUGGAUAAUCUUCCCACUGGGGAUGAGAAAGGGUUGUUCUAUGCAUUGGAUCUUGGAGGCACAAACUUCCGUGUGCUGCGUGUACAAUUAGGAGGAAAGGAUGAUCGUGUUGCUAGGCAAGAAUUUGUUGAAGUUUCGAUUCCUCCGCAUCUAAUGACGGGAUCUUCAGAGGACUUAUUUGGUUUUAUAGCUGAAGCACUUGCAAAAUUUGUUGAAGAGGAAGGUGAUGGCUACCACCCGGUAUCUGGUAGACAAAGAGAGCUGGGUUUUACAUUUUCUUUCCCAGUUAGACAAACAUCUAUUGCCUCAGGGACACUUAUAAAGUGGACAAAGGGAUUCAAUAUUGAGGACACGGUUGGACAAGAUGUGGUAGGUGAAUUAACAAAGGCCAUGGAAAAGAUUGGAUUGGAUAUGCGUGUGGCGGCUUUGGUAAAUGAUACAAUAGGCACACUAGCUGGGGGCAGAUACCACAACGAUAAUGUUAUUGCUGCUGUGAUUCUAGGAACUGGAACAAAUGCUGCAUAUGUGGAACGGGCACAUGCAAUUCCUAAAUGGCAAGGCCUUCUACCUCAAUCAGGAGAGAUGGUUAUUAACAUGGAAUGGGGUAACUUCCGGUCUUCUCAUCUUCCCUUCACCGAGUAUGAUCAAGCUCUAGAUUUGGAAAGUUUAAACCCGGGGGAACAGAUUUUUGAGAAGAUGAUAUCUGGUAUGUAUCUAGGAGAAAUUGUACGCAGAGUUCUGUGUAGGAUGGCUGAAGAAGCUGCCCUUUUCGGUGAUGUUGUUCCGCCUAAACUGAAGAAACCUUUCAUUCUUAGGACUCCGGACAUGUCUGCCAUGCAUCAUGAUACAUCUCCAGAUCUGAAAGUUGUUGGAAGCAAGCUAAAUAACAUUUUGGAGGUAUCGAACAGCCCCCUACCUUUGAGAAAAAUUGUCUUUAUGCUAUGUGACAUUGUUGCCACUCGUGGUGCACGCCUAUCAGCUGCUGGGAUUUAUGGGAUCAUCAAGAAAUUAGGAAGAGACACCCCAAAAGAUGGGGAUAACCAGAAAUCUGUCAUAGCUGUUGAUGGUGGGUUAUUUGAGCACUACACAAAAUUUAGAAAUUCCUUGGAGAGUUCACUCAAGGAAUUACUGGGAGACCAAGUUGCGGACAACUUCGUGAUCGAGCACUCAAAUGAUGGCUCCGGGAUUGGAGCAGCACUUCUCGCUGCAUCUCAUUCCCAGUAUCUUGGGGUAGAGGAGUCCUGAAAAAAGGAGUCCAAUGCCAGCCAAGGUAGCUCAAAAGAAUGAAAUAGUUCCAAUUUUUUUUGUUGUAAUAGUACUUGUAUUCUUUUUCUUACAGACUUGAGAUUAUUUAGACUUGUUUCAAUGACUCUUAAGUCGUUAAUUUUAUGGCUCAGAGAUCAUUAUGUGGUAGAUUUGCUUGCGAAAAGUCCCAAGAUUUUGAAGUGGCUUCCUCUAUUGUUAUGAUGUGGGAGCCAAUGUUGAUGGCAUUGGGGCACAAGUCCUCCCUUCGGCUCUGACAUGGUUAAUAAAUGAGGACGAGAGAUUUCCCUUCUUGCCAGUCUCCGAUGAAAUCAUCCUUCUCCAGUUCCUUUGCCAAAUAAAUUAGAACCACAUGGCUUGUCUGCAGGCUGUCAAAUUUCUCCUUUUGAAUUAGAUCAAUCCAUCAAUGGAUGAUAGCAAGAACUGUUAUCAAGUAUACAAAUAAAGAAUUUCAUUUUUCA